UUGUGCUGUCCCAGGCCGGCGUUUUCGGUUGUUCGUGACAUUGCAGUUGAUAAGGGGAACUAACUAUGAGUGUCGACGAGUUCUCAGUGACACAAUGUUCGGAUGAAGAAUUCGAUUUAGCUCUGAAAUCAUUCAGUCUGGAGGAGGUAAAUGUAGCCAUUCGAAUCUUUGAGAAGCAGAUAGAAGUUGAACAGCGAAUACAAGCAGGUUUACAAAACUUGAUCAAACUGUACAAGGCACAACCAGGAAUGGCUACUAAAGGUACAUCUGUCAAUAAAUUUAUGGCAAGCACUAAGCAACUUGUGGCAAGCCAAGGUCGACUUGCAGUGUUGAGAAGCAGAUCUCUUCGUUGUGUGACACGACAUAUUGAAUUGGGUGGCCAUUCUUUCAUGAAUUCUGGAGGUCAGGCUGAUGGUGUUCAUGGAGAUGUUGGAAACAAUCAAUCAGCUAUUAAUACAGGAGGCUCGUCAGGGGUAUCUAGAAAGAUGAGUUUUCUCAUUCUGCACGCUUUCUCAGACGGAAUGGGUACACGGCUAUCUCUAUUUGUGUUAGCAACUCGAUCCUCGCGUCCUCUGCCAUUUUGGAAGUGCAUCUAUGCAUGCUCCCGGCACUUGCAGCCGCCGUCUGCUGACAUUUGCAGCCGCUUCUGUUCUCAGUGA